AUGAAAGAUAAUUUAGUCACAACUCAAAGAGCAAUAAUAGAGAAAGAUACUCUUCUUCAAGAAGCAGUCCUAAAUAAAGCUUAUUUAGCCGAACAGAUCCCAAAAAUAUCUAGCAAGUCUGAAGUAGCUAGAGGGGUCUUAGAAGAACUAGAAGGAAACAUUAGAACUUAUCUUGAAAACCAUAGACCAAGAGUUGAACAUAUUAGCUAUCAAAGAUCUAAAGUUUAUAAAAGUCAGAUAGCUAUAUGCUUCAAAUGCUGGCAAUUAGUAAAGAUUACUGAAGUAGAACCAAAAAAG